AUGAAUCAAAACACAGGAAAGAAUGUCAAUAAUCAUGAACCAAGUGAUCGAUUGAAUACUGGAUCUCCCAUGAAAGCACCGAAUUCAGGGAAUCAGAACAAUCUUGACGCUGAGUAUGAUCCUCAACAAUUGCAAAGUAUUACACAAGAUCCCAAUUAUCAGAAUUAUAGAUCCGACUACCCACAACAAGAUCUGCAGCAUCAACACCAACAAUAUGCAGGAAUGGAUGGUGAACAAUUAGGCAAUCCUUCUCAGAAUCAACAGAUGAUUCAGUUACAACAGAUGCAGCAGCUUCACCUUCAGCAACUCCAACAACUCCAACAAUUGCAGCAACCAGCUUAUCAAUUGCCAAACCAAGGUAAUAAUAGCCAGAAUUUGUUCACUCCGACUUCCUUUUUACCGUUGAUGAACACAGUAAACCCUUAUAUGAGUGCACCUGUUUCAAUGUAUCUAAAUGGUAUGUUAUCCUCAAAUUCUACCCCAUCGGAAAGUGGUACAAAGCUUCAAAGAUCUGAGAGUGAGCCACAGGAUCAUGAAGGUGAUGAACAACUUUCAGGUGAUAACCAAGAAAAGUUCAUGCAAAAACUGAGCUUACAGCAAAUACAUCAACUUCAACAAUUACAUGCACAACAGGUUCUACAAAUUCAGCAGCUUCUACAGUUUCAGAAGAUCCAACAAGCACAGCAACUGCAACAAUUAAACGAAUCAUUGAAUGAAUCACUAGAUGUACAUUCUGAUCCUAGUGUGAUAGUGAACCAGGACCAGGCGACACAAGCCGGAACUCUAAGGAAUAGCAAUGUGCAGACUAAUAACCAGUCCUUGAACGUUCCUCAAUUACAGCAGCUGCAACAAGUGCAACAACUUCAACAACUUCAACAGUUGCAACAAUAUCAGCAAUACCAAAAGCUGCAAAAGCUUCAACAACUCCAGCAAAUGAAUAUGCUUCAACAACAGAACGUAAUUCCGCUUCCGCAAAGUUUUUCAACAGAUGAAAAGACACAAGUUUCUGUGACACAACCAAAUAUUGGGACAGCUCAUGCAUCAUCAGUGCAGCAACAACAAACUGACAGACAUGGUACCCAGGAUAACCGACAUUUGGAAUCGUCCAAUGGGUUUGUCUCAUCUCAAGUACACAACCAACAAUACAAACCAUCGCCUUCAUUUUCAGAGCAAACUUUACAAUCUAGAUCUAGUUCAAAUAACUCAUUCCAGCCAAAUAUUGACUCAGCUCAAUCGUUUAACAAUCAGAUUUAUUCGUCCUUUAAUAUACCAGACUUCCUAUCACCUUGCUUGAAUGGUAAUUUUAAUUUACCAUUAACCAUGCCAGUGAUACCAACGUUGUUGCCACAAGGUGUGUUUCCGAUGAUGCCUGAUAUAAAAAGGCUUCCAAGACGCCAUAAACAUUCCAAGUCCAAGGAUACAUCAAAUGACCCACUAGCACCAAAGAAGUAUAGAUGUGCGCAUUGUACUUGGUCUUUCUCAAGACCUAGUGACUUAAAAAGGCAUUUAAAGUCCCAUAGCUUGCCUCAAUAUCAUUGUCCAUUUUGGAAUCCGAAGUACGCAACAUGCCCCCAUAAAAGUGGUGGGUCCUUUAACAGAUUAGACGUAUUAAAGAGACAUUUGAAGUUGGUACAUUAUGAACCUGAUGUACCCGGUAUGUUUAAAAACGCAACUAGAAAAAAAAAUAAAGAAAAUGUGGAACAGGUGAAACAAAGUGGCGGGGAAAGCUGUGGCGAAGAAUUCCUUGAUGAAGGUAACAAAGAAGGUGAACGUGCAGAUAUGAAAGCGGAGGAUGCAGAGUCAGUCGGUGAUGGAGGGACCUGCCUUUCGUGUAAUACACAUUUUGAUCACGCCAAAGACUUUAUUACGCACGUUCCAGAAUGUGCUGAGACCACCCCAAUGAAGAAAUGGAAAUACAAGAAAAAUGGUGUAAUCGCAUAUGCCUGUAAACUGAAGGAUAAAGAUCCGGUCAAUGGAGUAGUGGAACUAAGUGAUGAACUGCAGGAAAAACCACCCGUUUAUAGUUCGAGGCCUCAAAUUGCUUCACCAAUCCAGGUUUUGGAUACAUCCGUCAACAGAAGCAACACUGAUGAAGAUGAUAAGAAGUUUAUAUCUGUGAAUGACCUGGACAAUAAACCUGAGGUUAUGACUGAAGCACUCAAUAGGAAACGUGGUCGUCCGAAGAAAACCAAAUCAAAUACUUAG